AUGAGCGGCGCCGCGGAGGCGCGGGAGCUGGAGGAGCGGCUGCGGGAGGCGGCGGCGCUGGGGGACGUGGAGGAGGUGCGGCGGCUGCUGGGCGCGGGGGCGGACAUCAACUCCCGCAACGAGAUCAACGGCUGGACCUGUUUGCACUGGGCCUGUAAGCGGAACCAUGCUCAAGUGGUGUCCUGCCUGCUGGAUGCUGGUGCAGAUAAGCAGAUCCUCACCGCCAAAGGAGAGCUGGCUGCACAGUUAACUUCAAAACCAGACAUCCGGAAGAUUUUGGGAGAGGAAGAAACUGAAUGUCAAGGAGUGAAGGAUUUAAAUUUGCCAAUUGUUGCAAACUACUUGGCCAACCCACCAUUCCCAUACGUUUACACUGAAGAAAGCAUUCCGGACAGCUUGGCAGAAUCCCAGAAUCAAAGUGCUUCCACCUCUUCUGCUUCCCAGUGUGAAACUAGUCCUUGUUCAUCAGCGACUCAGGUUGAAAGCAUACGCACCCCUACAUCAUGCAGCAGCGAAGAUGAUUUUCCCGCACUAGACCCUGCAGAACAGCUGCCCGCUCUGUCAGCAACUAUUGCGGCACCGAAAUGCAUCGAGCCUGAAGCACGCAACGGCCCCGUGUGCCAGCCGUCCUCGCCUCACAGCAGUCUCUUCUCGCCAGUAGCAUCCAAACAGGCUGUACCUCUGCAAACCGCCAGUUCACCUACUGGGCCCGCGCCAACGUUUCAGCCCUUGUUCUUUACUGGAACUUUCCCAUAUAACAUGCAAGAACUUGUGCUUAAGGUGAGAAUCCAGAACCUCAGAGACAAUGACUUCAUUGAAAUUGAACUGGACAGACAAGAACUGACCUAUCAAGAUCUGCUCAGAGUGAGUUGCUGUGAAUUGGGCAUUAAUCCAGAACAAGUAGAGAAGAUCAGAAAAUUACCUAAUACACUAGUAAGAAAGGACAAGGAUGUUGCCAGACUUCAGGACUUCCAAGAGCUGGAGUUAGUUCUUGUGAAAAGCGACAGCUCUCCUUUCAGAAAUGCUGCAUCAACUUUGACUGAGAGACCGUGCUACAACAGUAGAGCAUCAAAGCUGACUUACUGACUCUUCGAGAUGCCCCUGGAGUAUGAAAACCUGGUAAUUAUAUGCUGCUGCCUUUUGAAGGCAGCGAAUUAAGCGUGUGUAAAACCUUAAGUUAUUGUUAGGGUUACUAUUUUAACUAAUAGUUUAUCUUUUAUAUUUAAUAUCCCCUUUGCUUUUAUUUUUUUACUUGAUACUGUAUUCAGAUAAGGGAUACCUCAUUUGUCUACUAAAAUCACAUGCUUCCAAUGUAUUUCAAUGACGUUUAUUUGGCAACAGAGGGCAGGAAAGACUUAAUUACUGAAUGAAAAGUAUGUUGAGUACUCCCAUUCUUUGACCAAAUAAGACUCAUGGAAAAGAGAUUCAGGAAAGUGUGUGUUUGCGCACGCGUGCGGGUGCGUGUGUGUGCGUGCGUGCGUGUAGUUUUUAAACUUCCUGAUUAAGUUAAACGUCAGAGGGUAUUUGGCAUACAAUGAACAGUUGCUCUCUAAAAAUGUAAAACUUGCAAGUCCUUCAUCUCUUGCCCCUUCACAAAGACUUACCAAGAUGUGUUGUUUUGCCUGCUAGGGAUAGAAAUACUUAAUGCUCUGAAGUGACAGGAGAAAAAUUUUCACUGGGCUGAAAAUAAGUGGAGUCAGAGUGUCCACAUCUAAAUGUUUCUUUCCCAUAUGAGAAUAUUGUAACUUAAGUGAUGGCAUCCCUCCACCUCCACAAAAAAAAUAUGGAAGUCUCUCAAUUAAGGAGCAUUUAAGACACAAAGCAAGUUAAAGUGCGCUUUCAAAAGAAAGCCCUUAUGUUUCAGGAGCUAGGGAGGGGAUCACAAAGCUGUGUCCAUGGCUUUAUGUAUUUAUUUUCCCAAUGACAUGAGUAGACUAUGCAUUACUCACACCAAAAGUCAGUACUGUUAAGUCAGGUAACUUCUUUAUGGCCCACCCUCACAGACCAGUUACAGGGUGUGUGGUUAGUUUCUGCUGUGUGAGGAGCAGGCGAAGCACAACAGUAUACUCUUGAGGUAUCACAACUGUAAGGAGCGUACCACGCUCUUGAUUAGCCAUACUAAACUAGAAACAUACGCCGUUAGCAAAUAAAUAAUCCGUAACUUUACGCGUUGCACAGGCUACCAUCACUUUUACAUAGUGUCCAAAGUUUUAGCCAGAUGAGUACCGAAAGGGCUGAAUGCCUCCAGGUGCUUUCAGCUGAAGUUUUGGGGGGCAAAAACCCCUAUACUCUGGUUAAGCUACAGACUGCUUAACUUGCAUUUAAGCAGGUCAGUAAUGAAAACAUCCAUCUGUGGUUUUAUGAAUGGCAGAAGUCAUCAUUAAAACACACCCUGAAGUCACUCCCUUUCAAUCCGAACAAAGUAUUUAAGUUGCAGUAUUGCUGGAGUAUUAACAGCCUGAAGCUUUUCCUGUUAACGCGGUAGUCUGCAAAGUUACACCUUAGGAAGCUUUUUGUUUUCUUUUGUACCAAAAAGUAUGAGGAUGACCUUUGCACUAAAAACCUUAAUUGGGUUCUGGGGUGGGUGGAGGGCUGAGGGAGUUGUUUUUUCUGGACAUGAGCUGCUUUUUUUUUCCCCCCCAAUAGUAUUGAUUUUCCUUCCAUCUCUACUUUAUUAAGCUGCAUGAGAGCAGAGCUUAUGCACAGCUGAUGCAGUGUUGUUUGUUGUUGAUCUGGAUUGUAAUGUUGCCAUUCAGACCAUAAAUAGUACAAUCAACAUGUUUUGGUAGGAGCAGCAUGGCUGCCACCCUGUCUUAGCUUCCUGCAGCACAGCUGCUUCAUCCUUGAAGUGGCUCCUCCAAGCGAGGUUAGUAAAAGCAUGCAUGUCAGAAGAAUACAGAAACCCCUUCUGCCAGCAGAAGAGACGCUUGACUCUGGGUUCAGGAUUUCACCAAGUUCCUUAGGUUUAAAAAUCUUGCUUAGUGCAUUCAAAAUAAUUAUCAUCCUUUCCCGCUUGCUCCAUAUACACCUUACCCCUUAAACUCUGCUAACUCCCCAUGCUUAAUCCUGGCCCGUCUCUAUCCAGGAGCUGAGCUGCUUUAAAGCCCGAUUCAACUCCUGGUAAGCUCAAGACUGUGACACAGUAUGAAGUAAAAUUUCCUAACUAUGGCUCCUGCUUUGUUUUUCUUAUAGGACAGGAAAGGAAAGGAGUUUUUAUUUAACAAUUGUAUAUUUGUCUUUUCAGCAUAGCUUGGAGGCUAGUUCAGAUUAUGUGCAAUAACUGUUUGAAAAACAGUAGUAGUUAAAUGGCUCAAAAUUACGAGUAUCUAAUUUCUUUUCAGUUCCUUUGUUUAGGAAAUCAGUGUAAAGACUGCCUCCACUAAUUACUGAACAUUCAGCUACAGGAGCAGCUGGUUUAAAAAAGCUUUAUUUGCUCUAGUUUCCACCAAGAAUAACUGUUAAUGUGAUAAGACUAAAACUUUAAUCAUGAUCUGACUGUAAUAAUAACAGUAAGUCUAUGCAUUCAGAGAAAUAUUUUUGUAUGUUUUAUGCAGUUUGAUAAACUCUAAGGCACACUAGUUAUGUUAACUGGUUUUUGUUGGGUUUUUUUUUCUUUGAACAAUAAACCGUUGGUAUGACAACUGAAACUAAGUUUACAAAACUUACUGUUCUUCCAAGGACAACUUUUGUUUGCACUACAAACUUGUACUGAACUGACAUUGCUACUCUUCACUUAUAUUAAAGUAUCAGUUGUUUCAA